AGCUCCCAGCUCGAAGUCGCAAAGGCUUCUCUCAAGCUCGUGUGCGGAGGAGACUCAGAUGUUGGCCUCAGCUCCCAGGCUGCACUCGGCAGAUCGGCCCAUGAGAACUUCUGUGUUCACACAAAGGAAAGGGUUCCUCCGAAAGCAACACCUACUCUCCCGCGCUUGGCAACAAGGAAGAGGGCAGAUUGUGGAAAUCCUACAAUCUGAAAAGCAGACUGAAAGGUGACAGAGAAGCUGAAGAUGGGUGGUGGAGAGAGGUUUAACAUUGCAGUCCCCCAAUCUAGAAAUGUGAGCAAGAACCAGCAACAGCUUAAUAGACAGAAGACCAAGGAUCAGAAUUCCCCGAUGAAGACUGCUCAUAAGAAAAGAGAGAGAGGACAUGGCUAUAAUUCAUCAGCAGUUGCAUGGCAGGCCAUGCAAAGUGGGGGGAAGAACAAAGUACAUUUUCCAAAUUAUCAAAACUGGAACUCUAGCUUAUCAAACCCCAACCUACUUUUGAAGUCUCAAACAAACCAGAACUAUGCUGGAGCCAAAUUUAGUGAGCCUCCAUCCCCAAGUGUUCUCCCUCAACCCCCAAGCCACUGGGUUCCUGUUUCCUUUAAUCCUUCUGAUAAAGAAAUGAUGACAUUUCAACUGAAAACCUUACUUAAAGUACAGGUAUAAAAUAAGCACUCAUGUUUACAUUUAAGUAUCAUCCUAAAAAAUAGUGGGUCUGAAACAAAUUCACUAGAAAAUUAAUCUAUUUCUAUAAAACUUAGAGAAAAUGAUUAGACUCGUUUUAUGUGCACUGUGGUGUAAUGAUUUUAUCAGUGUAACUUAUGACAAUAUUUACUUGAUAAUUAUGCUUUCAUUUGACAACCCUUUAAUUGUGAAACCAUUCCAGUUUAGAUUUUGGAAGUGAUGAAUCAAGCUUUUCUAUUUUUUAUUAGAGAAAAUACUAAUUUAUCAUUCUUGGAUCAGAAGAUUUACUUGUUGAAAACAAGUGGAUGAAAUUAUAAGCAUCUAGCUUCAACAAACUAGGGUUGAAAACCUUGAAGGGUUAGUGUUCUAGAA